CGGCUAGCAGAAAUACUAGCGAGUUAAAAUAAAUGAAUAAAAAGCUUGCCUUAGCGUCGCAUACACCUCGCCACGGGUUUCGAUUCUGUCAGCUUUGCUGUGCUCUGAAAGGUGCAGUUGGGAGUCAUGGCGAUGCAAGAUGUUCGGCCCAACCACACCAUCUACAUCAACAACCUGAACGAGAAGAUCAAGAAGGAUGAGUUGAAGAAGUCCCUGUACGCGAUCUUCUCUCAGUUCGGGCAGAUCCUGGAUAUACUGGUGUCUCGCUCUCUGAAGAUGAGGGGGCAGGCCUUUGUUAUCUUCAAGGAGGUGAACAGUGCCUCCAACGCCCUGCGCUCCAUGCAGGGCUUCCCCUUCUAUGACAAGCCCAUGCGCAUCCAGUAUUCCAAGAUGGACUCCGACAUCAUCGCGAAGGUGAAGGGCACCUUUGUGGAGCGGGACAAGAAGAGGGAGAAGAGAAAGGUGAAGGGUCAGGAGGCAAUGGGAGGAAAGAAGGCUGUGCCUGGAGGUGCCGUCCCUAUGGCCGGCGCAGUGCCAGCGCAAGUGCCGGGCAUGCCGCCUAUGAACCAGGCUCCCCGCAUGAUGCCGAUGCCAGGGCAGCCUCCCUACAUGCCUCCCCCUGGCAUGAUGCCUCCUCCUGGGAUGGGACCUGGGCAGAUGCCCCCUCAUGGCAUGGCUCCUGGGCAGAUGAUGCCCGGACAGAUACCAGGACAGAUGCCUCAUCCCCAGCAGGUGCCUGAGAACCCACCCAAUCACAUCCUGUUCUUAACCAACCUGCCAGAGGAGACCAAUGAGCUCAUGCUGUCGAUGCUCUUUAACCAGUUCCCCGGGUUCAAAGAGGUGCGCCUGGUGCCCGGUCGUCACGACAUCGCCUUCGUGGAGUUUGAGAACGACGUGCAGGCAGGGGCGGCUCGCGAUGCACUGCAGGGCUUCAAAAUCACGCAGAGCAACGCCAUGAAGAUCUCAUUCGCCAAGAAAUAAGCCGAACUCUCCCAGGAACACAGCCUCCUAUGUUCUAGUGCAGUUUUAUAUUAUACCUUGUGGUUUAAGGUGAGUGUAGACAGAAAGGGUACAAGAGGUCUUAAUUUUCUAUAUGUAUUUCUUUAACUUGAGGCCAGCAUUUUUCCAUUCCCCCUGUAAUUUAAUAUCGGGUCUUGCAUAACUGUGUUAAACAAGGAUUUAAUUCUUUUUUACUGCUUUACCCUUCUACAUAACUUGAUUGACCUACAGCACGGGAAGGAACAGGUCUGUUGCGAUCUGGUCCCCCUCACUGUUCUAAAAGCACUGAGCUGUUUGUGUUGGUUAUUUCUCUAGAUGUGUGUUGAAAGGUAAGCAAGAACAGACUCCUAAACGUGCCAAAGUAAGUCGUUAUCAGAUUAUCAUUAUCACUCUGUGAUUUACUGGGAAGCAGAGGCAGCUAACCCUUCAGUCGGAAUGUUGUAAUAAGACCUGUAACUACUUCGCUACAUUAGGGGGACCAGUGAGCCAGUUGCUUUUUAAAGCUCUGCUUGUUACUCCCCAGAUGGGGAUGGGCAUGGGGAUGAAGUGUGCUUGGCUGAAAGACUAUACUCUGUACAGUUGUUCUACAAAGCAUUGCACCCAGAGUCUGCCAGACAGACACUGUACCUGGAGCUUUCUGUGUAUCCAGCUGUUUUUGCAGCUUGGCAAUAAAGUUUUUAAAUUUUUA